AUUAACUUAAUACACCCUACAAAAAGCAUCAAGUCUUUCUUUUCAUUCUACGGUUCCUCUCCUCCCUGACGCCUUUGACAGAGCUCUAUUUUCCCGGAGGAUUCCUUUCAUACCAAACAGACUUCAAUUCACUUUUCUUUAAAAAAGCUACGUCAAGGAAACCAUGCAAACCGCAACCACCUAUCACCAUCAAAAGCUCCUGAUUCUAUGCGUAUGGUUUUGCUUCAUAAGCGUCACGUUUGCAGCAAAGAAGACUUGCAAUGUAUUGGAUUAUGGAGCAAAAGCCGAUAACCAAACAGACAUAGGUCCACCCCUUUUGAAAGCCUACGCAGACUGUUUACAGGCCACCACGGGACGCCCGGAAGAUACCAUUAUACUAGUCCCUCAAGGCGAUUUUUCUCUCAAGACCAACGUCUUAUUCAGAAAAGGUAGAGGACUCACCCUCACCUUCAAUGGCCAAAUCCAUGUGGCUUUCAAUCGUCGGUUAACUGGCAACAUGAUCGGUUUCACUCGUUGUCAAAACCUCGUCGUCAAUGGCAGAGGUACCUUGCAUGGAUAUGGAGAUUUAUAUCGUCCAGGUGGCAAUCUUAAUUACCUACCGCAGCGACCCCGUCUGGUACGGUUCGAAAAUUGUCAAGACGUAGAUUAUUCUGGGUUUAAUCUAUUUGAUGCUCCUUUAUAUCAUUUGGUAAUCGCUUUGGGAACCAACAUCAAGAUCCACCACUUUCGUAUCAGCAGUACGGAUAUCGGCGCGACCGAUGGAAUAGACGUCUCAGGAACAAACAUUCACGUGUUCAAUGUUGAGAUCAAGACCGGUGACGAGUGUGUGACGGCGAAGUCCCCCAUGAAGGGAUUGUUGGUUGAAAACAUCCAAUGCAUCAAUACCGAUGGCUGCUCCAUCGGUAGCUUUGGGUCAUCAUCAAGUGCCUACACCGUCGAAGACGUUUUAUACCGCAAUGUGACUCUAAGCAAUGCUUCCAAUGGGGUGGUUAUUAAAACGUACUCGACAUCCCAAGGAUCCAUCAGGAACAUCACAUACACGGACUUUACCUUGGAUAACGUGGCGUAUCCAAUAAAGUUUGACUACACGUGGGGCGAAACGCUUCGAAGAACGAAACGUAGCAUUGGUUCGGGUCGAGGCUCGCAACAAUGGACAGAUGCUAAAUUUAUCAACUUCCGAGGGACUGGUAACAAGUACAGGUCUUUGGUCACUCUCCAUUGCCCUCCAAACUCACCUUGCAAAAACUUCCAAUUUACCAAUAUUCAACUUGAGGGAUCAGUCGAAGAACCAUCCAUUUCUUCAGCGUGCGGGACUGUCGACAACAUCUCAAGAAAAGUACUCAAGAACAGUCUACCCGGAUGCUGAUACUUUAUUUCUUGACUUCUUGAUACUCUUGGAGAAAUUUUCCUUCACAUGAGAGCGAUUUAUCGGCUGCGAAGCGUAUAGAAUAAUCAUUUUUGUUAGACAAAAAAUAACUUCGCUCUUUUGAAAUGAAUUCUUG